GGAUAGGAAUUUCUGACAACGUUUUUGUGCCAGAGACGUCUUGUGUAAUGGGAGUUCCCUGUGGCUCCUCGGAAACAAGGUCCUUUUCUGUUUCGCGAGUGCCAAAACUGGCCUUUUGGAAGAGUUCUUCUACGAAGCUUUUAGCUACUACAGUCAGUAGAUCCACUGCUUCCGUAGACGAGUUUUCUUCGGCCUUACUCGAGGGCAUUUCUUGAUGGUUUUGAAGCGUGUCUUUUUCGCAACUUGACUCCUCUGACUGCGGAGGGUAAUCAGAGUUUUCCUGUCUCGUUCCUUUUCCUGGAGUUCCAUUCUCUACAUCCUGUGAAGAUUGUUUUGCCACGUCGGUAAAACACUCGUCUCCCUCCCCGGUGGACGGGUCACCAAACCCACGGUUUGAUUCCGAUGCAGGUUCGGUCUUUUCUUCGGAUGUUUUCCUGUUAGAACGUUUUGCGUCCCCUGCUUCUGCAGGUUUGUCGGGGGUUUUCGAUGGCUGUACGCAAACGUGCAGGGUCUCUGGAGGAUCAGCCGACCCCGCUCGCUGUGGUUGUUUCCGAUGAAGAAAAGGCAUGCAACAAACUAGGCAACUGAGACGUUUUUUACCUCCAUACGCGGGCUCGAGAUGAUGUGCGCGCUCUAUGGAUUGACGCUGCGCUUUGUCGGCGACUUCAACACCAGUAUGUCGGACGCCUUGUAUUUCUUCAUAGUUUCUGUGUUCAUCAGUUUUUUUUCCAUUUUUAGGUCUCCCGUCAUCUGGGUGGAAACACAAGUGCUAAGGGAAUACCUUGGCCGAACGUCAGCGACUGUUGACACGGCCGACGCGGAGCGGGCGAAAAAAGGAUAG